CAUUUUGAACUUACUGUCAAAGAUAAGGGACCAUUUUUCUGUCAAAUUUCUCAGAAAAGCUUUUGCAUUUGAGCAAUUUUUUUUUUUACUGUUUUCCUACUUUAAAGCAUUCAUGGCAUCACCCAACACCAGUCACAUGGAUAUACCAAAAGGAGAUAAGCUUGUGUUAAGGGGUUUAAAAUUUCAUGGAUAUCAUGGGGUGAAGCCAGAAGAAACAAAACUGGGGCAGAAGUUUUUAGUGGAUGUUGAUGCUUGGAUGGAUCUUCGACCAGCUGGUAAAUCUGACUGCUUGUCAGAAACUCUAAGUUACACUGAUAUAUACAGAAUAGUGAAAGAGAUUGUUGAAGGUCCACCUAGAAAACUUCUAGAGAAUGUGGCGGAGGUCAUAGCAUCUACAACCCUCAACAGGUACCCGCAGGUAUCUGCUGUUCGUGUUCAAGUUGGAAAGCCGCAUGUGGCUGUUCAAGGACCUGUUGACUACUUAGGUGUCGAGAUCAUCAGACACAGAAGUCUUGAUGUUUAAACCAAUGUCUUAUUGCUUGUAUUAAUGUUUGUUAUUCAAACUCCUGUUCAAUAACAGACACAGUUCUUGAUC